AUGGAAACAAAGCCAAUAAUUUGCCGCGAUGAAUCUACCAACCUCCCGGGGCUGUUCACACGCAUCGAAAUUCUAGAGGAAGCUGUACUCCGGCACACCGGCAAAUCUAAUCCAGCAGUACAUCGUCCAACUGCUUCGCCCAACACCUUGACCUCCACAACUCCUGCGACUCGUCUCUCAGGAACUGGAUUUGGAAAUGCACUCAUUUACAUGAGCUCCAGCCAGCAUCCUCAUGCCCAGAGCUCAGCUACUCUUGUCUUUGCAAUCAGCUGUCUUCCAAAUCUUGAUCAAACUCGUGACUUGUUUGAUCACUUUUUUGACACCACACAUCCGAAUUUUGGCAUACUCCAUGUGCCAUCUACACGCGCUAUAUUGGAGGAAAGUUAUCAUCGUCUAAGGUUGGAGAAAGCUCUUGAAGCAGGAACUCUUCUGCUCCUACUGAGCAUUAUCUCCAGUGCCGCAUUUAUAUGGACCCCAGACUUGCUGAAAAAGCUCUACAUCACGCCUUCUGAAGCCAAGGAUCUACAUGUUGCCUAUAGUCACCUGGCUUUGGGGCUUCUUGAUUAUGACUUGCCACCCUCCACAGCCGCCCUGGCUGGAAUAAGUACUCUCACUUAUCUUCACACCAACGCAGAAGGCCUCCUUGAUAAAGUUCACCUUCUACGUGCUCGGGGACUUCUAAUGGCACGCGCAAUGCGCAUUCAUUGUUUAGACACCCCCAAGAGUCGCGAGCACCGACGUUUAAAUGGAUGCGAUGGCAUUGAAGUUGAGGUACAAAGACGAAUCUGGUGGCACAUGGUCUCUUCUGAUUGGUUGCUUGCAUUCUCCGGUGGACCUCAAGAAGGAACUUAUAUUUUUCAGAAGAAACACAUGGCCGUGCAAUAUCCCAGCAAUGUGGAUGAUGGCGCGAUUACCGCGAAAUUUGACCCCGACCGUGCACCUGAACUUGAUUACGGUAUUGUCUUGGCUUUGGAUGCAAAGUUUCAAGAAUACCUGCAGGAUCUCCCGUCUUUCUUCCAGAUCCAUCCAGGAGGAGUUCAGGAUACUCAAUUCGGACCUCAUGGGAACUCAUAUAUCUCUUGGCAGCGACUGAUCCUCCACUUCUCGGCCCACACCCGCCUAUGUUGGCUGCACCGGCGCUUCCAUCUGGAAAGUUCCGUCAACAAACGAUAUGCAUAUUCACGAGAGGCAGGGAUACGCUCUGCUCGCAUGGUACUCGAGUUGCGGCGCCUAAUGGAUGAUGCAGGCCCUUUAGUGAGCAUAAACCCUUGUCGUUUAUGGUCGAUCAUGCAACACGUCUUUCACGCGGCCGUUCUUUUGGCCAGUGACUUCUCUCUCUAUCCUACUGGCCCGGAUGCUACAACUAGACAACAAGAAGUCAUGGCGGCUUGUCGCAUACUAGAGCAGUCCGCGUCAGAAGUAGACGGCACUCACAGGGUAGUGCAAAAGCUUCGAGCUACUUUGAAAGAGCGCAAACUCAAGAACAUUCCGCCCACUACCAUCAACCCAUCCUCCUUGAUUUCAAGAGAGCAUACGCCAGGAGGCUCGGUUCCAACAGCAGUCGAUAGCCCAGUAAUACUAUAUAAGGCAGAGCCUAGCCCGCUAUCAAGCCACAGUGACGAAUUUUCGCCAUCACCUCUUGAUAAACUUUGGUCUGAGUUUGUCGAUGCAGCUCCUGAGAUGGACUUGGACCUGUGGACAUCUCUUUUAGAUGAGAUCGAUGGGACUCUGAGCGCAGAGCCUCUUGGAGGCCUAUGGGGCGGAUUCGAGAACAGGAUUUAA